AUGCUCAGCGGCUUCUUGCUGCUUCAGCUGGCCACAGCAGUGGCCGGAUAUACAAGCCUUGGAUGCUGGAAAGAUGCCAGGAGUCCUCGGGCUAUGCCUUUCCGCUGGACUGAGGGCGGAGGGAAGGGAGUUAUGACCCUGCAAGCAUGUGUGGAAACAUGCAAGGACGGGGGCUACCUCUACGCAGGUACCCAGCACGGGGACCAUUGCUUCUGCGGAGACACCUAUGACAAAUACGGUUCAGCUACAAAUUGUGACAUGGAUUGUGUAGGUGAUGAACCUGGAAACGGGAACUGCGGAGGGUCUUGGGCAAACGAAAUUUGGGAUACGUCUUCUAGCAAUACAGCCGCGACAGUCGUUGCACCGGUUGCGGUUCCAGCACCCGAAGGAUACGUUGGUUGUUUCAGAGAUAAUUCAAGCCGCGACAUGGAUUUCGAGCCGCCUGGAUCCGAUAAACCUGGAUUUACUCUUCAAAAGUGCCUUGACGAGUGCAAGCAAUUUGGAUACAUCUAUGCAGGUGCUCAAUAUGGAAGCCACUGUUUCUGCGGAAAUGAAUACGGGUCUCUUGGUACAGCCUCGAACUGUGACAUGGACUGUGAAGGAGAAUGUGGCGGCUCGUGGGCUAAUAGUGUCUAUGAAUCAGGAGGUGACGGAAACAUCAGGUUCGGACGAACUGAAGGAGGAAGCGAAUGUAUCGCAACUGGAUGGGGAGAUCCUCAUAUCAUCACCUUUGAUGGAUUGAAAUACGAUGUCCAUGUCCAGUCCGAGAUGACUUUCUUGAAGUCCAAGAACACUGACUUUACCAUUCAAGCACGCCUAGAGCCUGUUCCCAUCGGCGCAAAGCCAAUGGUCACUACCGCAAUUGUUGUCAAGGAGGCAGAUGCUACCUUGCCCAAAAUCCAAGUAUCGCUCGCAAAAUCAGCGAACAGCGAGAAUGCCGUCUUCAUCCGAAAUGAUUGCUACGUGCAAUUGUUCGUCGACGAUGUAUCCCGCGAUGUCACUACUGGUACGGGAAGAGAAGAUGCCCACGUGUUCAACUUUGGGCGCUUGAUCAAAGUGGAAUACCCUACCACAAACCUGCAGCUUGAUAUCGAGGUUGGCUAUUGGAGAGGCGCUUGCUACUUCUCUAUUGACUUCAUCUUAAUGGAUUGCCGACCAGGUGAUGACUUGAUUGGUAUUUUGGGAUCGCCUGACGGUAACAAGAACAAUGAUUGGAUGAACGAAAAUGGAGAUUCACUACCAAUUCCAAGUGGUGCUAGCUCCUUCUUCUUCAAGCCAGCAUACGAGUAUGCCAUCGAAAACUGGUGCAUUAGUGAUGAGACCAAGUCACACUUCACGUAUGAGCCAGGUUACGGGUUUUCGGAUUACGAAAACUGUUUGGAGGUAUACAACCCAGCAUUGGAGGAGAUUGUCACGGCUGCACAAAACAAUCCAGAAAGUGAUGGUUUGACAGUCUGCGAACCUUUUGAUUUUGGUUGUAUCAUUGAAACGGAGACCUUGGGUACGGAAGCUGGUGAAGCUUACCUGAAGGAUCCAGCAGUGAUUGCCUCGACUCAAACAGCAACCAUUGAUACCCCCGCUGGCGAUCCCACUUCUCCACCAACAUCUGGACCAACAUCGGGACCAACAUCUGGACCAACUGAUGCCUCUGAGCUAGGUACAAGCGGAAACGGAAACACCUUUGAGGACGCGGAGGAUCCAGAGACGGCUGACACUGAAGAUGUUGAUGAACCAACGGAAGAAGAAAUCACACCAACUGACACUGAAGAUAUUGCAGAUCCAGAAGAAGAGACCGGGACCACACCUCCCCCUGAUGCUGGAAGCAGAGGUGAUCCACACUUCAAGACAUGGAAGAACGAGCACUUUGAGUAUCACUCGCAGUGUGAUUUGGUUCUCAAUCGUAACCCCGAGUUUGCUGAUGGACUUGGUCUUGAUGUUCAAAUCCGAACCAAGCUCGUUCGUUUCUGGAGCUACAUUAGAAGCGCCGCCAUCCGCAUCGGAGAUGACAUUCUCGAAAUCCAAGGUACUGCCGAUGAAGCCAACAGUUUGAGAUAUUGGCACAACUUUCAAUAUCAAAAGGAAAUGAAGACUAUUGGUGGAUUCCCCAUCACGAUGAAAAAGUCAAAUGGGCGAUACAUGAAGAACCGUUUCAUCAUCGACUUGGACUCCAAGUACCCUGGUCAAAAGAUUCAAAUCACCACCUGGAAGGAGUUUGUCGCUGUCGAUUUCAAGAAUCCUUCCGCUGAGGCCUAUGGCAAGUCUGUUGGCAUGCUUGGAGACUUCAAGACGGGAAAAACUCUCGCCAGAGAUGGCAGAAUCGUCCAUGAUUUCCAUGAAUUCGGAGACGAAUGGCAGGUUCGCCCCACUGAUGACAUGCUCUUCCAUGAUGUUGAAAAGCCUCAGUUCCCUACCAAAUGUAUGAUGCCUGAAGAUCCCCAAGGCGAACGUCGUCGACGUCUGGAUGAGUCCUCCGUCACAGCAGAGCAAGCUGAAGAUGCUUGUGCUAGCUUGACUGACCCACUCGACAGAAAGGAUUGCGUCUAUGAUAUCUUGGCCACACAAGACACCACCAUGGCUGGUGCUUAUUAA